AUGCUCAACCGUAUCGAAGCUGAGAAAAGGCAUCACAAUGACAGAAGGUUUGAACGUUCUGAAGGCAGAUCCUUUAACGGACCGAGGAGCAUCUCAAGGUUCAGUGAUGAUUAUAACAAUCACUCAGGGAGAAACCUCACGUCACCAGCCUCUCAUCUGAAUCACUUCAGCACUAGAGCAGAAAGAGAUCACCAUCACGACUUGGCUCAAGCUUCUCAAAAAGAUUCCGGUAGAGUUUGGUCUCGUAUCCGUCCAGCUCCCCACAUCACAACCUCAAGCUCCCACUCCGCAAACCACCAUAGUCCACAACGACUCACCCUCCCCACAGAAUCACUCACAUCGUUCACCUGCACGACCUCUAGAAAAAGUGAACACUACAAUGAGAGCACACCUCGCUCCAGAAGACUAGCUUUGGAAAGGCUCUCACAACAAAAGGCACCAGCCUUGCAGCGGUUGGGUGGAGCAUCAAAUGAGGAUUCUGGGCGACUCCAAGAUAUUGAAAUUCAAUAUAUUGCUGAAACUAAUCAACCUUCUUACUCGAAUACCACACCAAGGGAUAUUCAUCAACCUGGUUCCCCCUUAGCUAAAACACAAAUUCCAGUCACCAUUACCAUUUCGAGGAAUACAAAGGCUUUGGGAAAACAAAAAAGUCGCAACGGGGGUAAUAAGAGGAAGAUGGCUAGCAGCCCUUUACAAGGAGCUAGUUCGAGGAAGCGAAAUGCAACUCGUGGCCUUAACCCAACCAAGAGAAGACUUGGUAUGGACAACCCAGGCCCUAGUGGCUCCUUACCCUGUACUAGGGAUGAAUUUCAGGGGACUGCUUUUACUAAACAUUUUACAAAUCAUCCACAAGGUUUAAGUGGAGGUCUAGUAUUGCUAUGGAAUGAAAAUGUAGAGAUUCAAGUCUUAUCUUCGUCUCCAAACUAUAUUUGA